AUUUCAUACGUUUAUUGAAUCAAACUUUUUGUGUCAAAACAAGUGAUAAUAAAUGGCGCGAAGACUGUCACCAAAUGAGACCAAUUGAUGAGAUAUUAGUUGCUAUAAUAGACACCAAUUGACAGGUUAUGGCGGAAAAGCCCGAAGACUUUAAUAUGCCGUCUAAUGUGGUCGCGAAGAUCAUCAAAGAGUCGCUGCCCUCAGGAGUGAACGUGAGUGCGGACGUGAGGAGCGCCGCCUCCAGAAUGAGUGCGGACGUGAGGAGCGCCGCCUCCAGAAGUGCGUCCAUUUUCAUCCUAUAUGUGACCACUUGUGCCAACUCUAUAGCCAUCGCUAAUAAACGGAAGACAUUGACGGCUCAGGACGUGAUCGAAGCCAUGAAUCAAAUCGAUUUCGAAGACUUCGCCGAAGAGUUGACUGCAUUUCAAAAGACAUUACAAAAAGAUAAAAACCAAAAACUCAAGAAUAAGUCGGAAGAGAACACAGAUUCACAAGACUUGGAUCACAACGAAGAUAAUGGCGAAGAAGAGGACGACGAAGAAGACGAAGAGGUGGAGGACGACGACGACGAGGAGGAGGAAGAAGACUAA